AUGGCCGGCGCCCCCCCGACGCCCGCCGAGAAGGACGCCCUCGUCUCCUCCUUCCUCGAGAUCGCCGCCGGCCAGACGCCCCACACCGCCACCCAGUUCCUCCAGAUAACGAGCUGGCAUCUCGAGGAGGCGCUGCAGCUCUUCUACAUCGACGGGGAGGCCGCGCUCGCCGGGGCGCAUCCGCCGGCCCAGUCGGCCGCCGAGGCCGCGCUGGCGGCGGCCGCCGCCGCGGCUGAGGUGGAGGAGGGGUUCAGAUUUCAUCCGCCGCCCGCAGCCGCGCUUGAGGAUGGGAUGCUGCAGGGUCUGGGGGACGAAGAUGAUGUCCGUGCGCCGCUGCCUGUGAGGCGCGAGACUCUCUACGGCGACACACCAAUGAUUGUGACUCGGCCUAAUGCGACGGUUGCAUUUCGUAACUUUGAAGAGGAGGCAAGACAAUCUGCUUGGGAUUCUGAACAGAAUGCCACUUCCAGUUCUCGUGAUAACCUGGCUUCUUUAUAUCGCCCACCUUUCGAUUUGAUGUUCAAUGGACCAUUUGACAAGGCAAAGUUAGAGGCCUCUUCUCUAGACAAGUGGCUCUUGAUCAAUUUGCAGUCAACAGAAGAGUUCAGCUCUCACAUGCUUAAUCGAGACACUUGGGCAAAUGAAGCAGUGGCUCAAACAAUCAGGUCAAACUUCAUUUUCUGGCAGGUUUAUCAAGAUACCGGUGAGGGGAGGAAGGUGUGCACCUACUACCAUUUGGUCUCUGUUCCUGCCAUUCUCCUAAUUGACCCCAUCACUGGACAAAAAAUGCGUGGUUGGAGUGGAAUGGUUUACCCGGACAGUUUGCUGGAGGAUUUGAUGCCUUACCUGGAGAAAGGUCCAAAGGAGCACCAUGCUGCUCAACCUCAAAAACGCCCAAGAAAAGUUGACCAGGAAACCUCUAUGGAUAGGCAAGGUAAAACAGCUGUAGAGAGUGAAGAUGAAGAACUAGCACGGGCGGUGGCGGCUUCCUUGGAGGAGAACAAAGGAGCCGGGGGAUCAGAUGGCGCUGAUGAGAAGUCUAAUCCCGUGGAAGAGACGGAGCCCAGCUUGAGCGUGAAGAUCGAGUAUCCCCCACUCCCCGAAGAGCCGAAAGUGAGCAGGGACCUUCUCUGCAGGGUCGCGGUCCGGCUGCCCGACGGUCAGAGGAUUCAGAGGAAUUUCCUCCACACAGAUCCUAUCAAGCUGCUGUGGUCGUUCUGCUCCUCUCGGGUGGAGGACGGGGAGAAGCGGGCCUUCCACUUCGGGCAGCCCAUCCCGGGCGCGGCCAUCAACAAGCUGCAGUACUCGAGCGAGCAGACCUUCAAGGAGGCCGGGCUGGCCAACUCGAUGAUCAACCUCUUGUGGGACUAGGCCCAUGUUAAGAAGACCCCAUCACCUUGCAAAUCGUGCUAUUCCUUGGUGGGCUUCGUAUGUUUUGUUCCUUUUCGCGAGGAUUUUAAUUUAACUUAUCGCCUUUUGUUUUUCACUCCCGGUGGUGGUAGACUUGGUUGGUAGGCUUGGAGCUCAAGUGUGUCGGUCAUGUUUUGUUUAUAGACCCCCUCCCACCCUGUAGUAGGACUUGGUUCGACUUGAUGCACAUAUUAUUCAUAGCGACCGGUGCUGGUACUGAGUGCUAGUGGUUUUUACUGAUGGAUCUUCA